CACAAUAAAAACACAAUAACAAUAACUAAUUAAAGUAUUGAAAUUAGUGUGAAUCAUCGGUAAUAGCUUUUUUUCGUCACAAUGUCUGCGAGCACAGCAAAAGAAUCAGAACCGCCCAGCUACGAGGAAGUCAUGCGAGGCAGUGCACCCCCUAUGCAAGAUUCUCGGCUCAUAGCUGGUGUGCAUCAUGGCGCACCGACAGCGCCACCAAACAUGGCUAGCUACGGUGCAUUCGAGACGACGCCAGUCAGCAUUGUGGUGCAGCCAGCGCUGCCCCCAGAGAUCAUAGUCAUUGGCGCUUGUCCCUCGUGUCGCAUUGGCUACUUGGAAGACACAUUCUCGCCGCUUGGUCUAUGCUGUGCAAUAUUCUUCUUUCCCAUUGGCAUCCUCUGCUGUCUGGCGAUGCGCGAGAAGCGCUGCAGCAAUUGUGGAGCAACGUUUUAAAUGCCCAGUUAACACUCUCACUCUUCCUCACUGAUCGCGAUUUAGAGAUAAAGGCAGAGAGAGAGAGAUUUUUAGCUAUAUGUAUAUUCAACCAGACAAAUUGGACUGUUAAGUUUUUUAAAAAUCACAAAGAAACGACAAAUUAUGCUAACUCGUUAGCUUGUUAAUCAUUAAACUAUAUAUAUAUAUAUAUUAUAUGUACGUAUGUAUGUAUGUCUGUGUAAAUACAAAUAUUUUAAGGCUUUUAUGACGCGGCUGCAGACUCGCCUUUCCAUUCCAUUCCAUUCCACAACAUUCCAAUCGUCGUCGUUGUCGUGUGGACGUGGCCCGCUUCCGUUAAAUUUAAUUGAAAUAUAAUGGGGGCGGUUUUGAAUUACGCCGCUCGUUUACUCUUGGGCUGCCUUCAUUAUUAUUAUUAUUUUUUCUUUUUUAUUGUUUGCGUAUAUUUUUUGCUCUUUGUGAAACGUAAACAAGCGAAAUUUUAAGCCAAGCCAAUGCACGACUUACGCAUGCUCUGUAUGUAAAUAAAUUGUUAGUCAAACUCUA